GUGGAGGGCGCGAGCCCUGGAAAAUUCCACUCCUGAGCUAACUCCACCCUAUGCGCCUCCUCUCUUACCCUGUGCUCUUCACUCUCAGUCCCCGUCCCAGCGGCCUUUGCGUAAGAAAAUGGCAGCCUCCAUACCUCGGGGGUUGUUGUGCUUAUCCAGGACUUUGGGCUGGUGGUCUCGGCAGCCUAUCCUGGUGACUCAGUCCACAGCUGUAGUUCCAGUAAGAACUAAAAAACGUCGUUUCACACCUCCCAAUUAUGAAUCCAAAUACAAAACAGAGAGAGAGUUUAUGGAACAUGCCCGGAAAGCAGGAUUGGUCAUUCCUCCAGAACGUUUGGAGCGUCCCAUACAUCUGGCCUGUACAGCUGGUAUCUUUGAUGAAUAUGUUCCUCCUGUGGGUGAUGCUCGCAUGUCUUCUCUUUCAAAGGAAGGACUGAAACAGAGAGCUGAGCGAUUGAAGAAGAAUGUGGCAUCACAAUUGUCAGUCCGGAAAAUAAGAGAAUAUGAUCCUGAUUUUAAAACUAAGGACUUUCCCGAAAAAGCUAAGGAAAUCUUUGUGGAAGCUCACCUUUGUCUAAACAACUCAGACCAUGACCGGCUUCAUACUUUGGUAACUGAACGCUGUUUUCCGGACAUGGUCUGGGACCUCAGAUAUAAGACUGUCCGCUGGCACUUCGUGGAAUCUUUAGAGCCACCCCAGGUGGUCCAGGUUCGAUGUUCAAGUCUGGUGAACCAGAGCAACUUGUAUGGCCAGGUCACCGUACGCUUGCACAUCCGCCAGACUCUGGCCAUCUAUGACCGGUUUGGACGGUUGAUGUAUGGACAGGAAGAUGUGCCCAAGGAUGUCCUGGAGUAUGUUGUGUUUGAGAAGCACUUGACAAACCCCUACGGGAACUGGAGAAUGCAUGGCAAGAUUGUUCCUUCAUGGGCACCCCCUAAGCAGCCCAUCCUUAAGACGGUGAUGAUCCCUGGCCCCCACCUGCAACCUGGGGAAGACCAUGAAGGAGCACAAGGAGAGGCCCAUAAGACUCAGCUAGCCUGAUGGCAAACGUGACUCCUGGGGUGGGUGAAGCAUGGGUGGUGAGGCUGCUGGGAGCCAGGAAGUCCUCCAUCUCCAUUACACUGCAGGAAGAACCACCUUUGUUUUCUCCUGCCCUGCUUGGGUCUUUUCAGCAGUCUCAUCCAAAAUAACCGUGACUGACGGUUGGGCCCAGGCUGGUGGCAGGUAUGCACAGCCAUGGACCCUCGUCUUCUUUUUUAAAUUGUGAAUGUAGUUUCUGAGUCUAGGUGAAAAGCAGAAUGAUUCAGAGAACAUCUGAUACCAGUUUUUCCCAUAGCAGGAACUAUGGGAAUAAACUGGCAGCAUUCUCGUUCUAAUCACAGGGCAGGCAUCAGAGUUUGAAAAAAAACACAGAGUGUUUGAAAAUUUUUUGUGGGUUCUGUACAUUUCCCCUGGUUCAGACUGGGAGUAGACCAGCCUCUGAAUAGCAGUAGUGGAAGAUGAGCUUCCUUGUAAGCAAUGUGACUUCCCAGGAAAUCCAGACUUGGGAAGAAUAAUCAGUGUUGAUAAAAUAUUGUAUAAGAGGCCUUUUUUUGUACACUGACUCACUGAUGAAUCAGCAUUUGUACUUUAUAGAAGGAUAUAAAUCCCCAAAAAUAAUUUA